AUGUCUGAAGUAUCUGCAGAGGCUUUUCCCCACUCCUCGACUCAGCUGAACCCUGCUGCAUCUCUCGAAGGGCUCCCAGCUGAGGACAACAUGUCAGGGAUGCAAACAGAGGACGGGAGGGUCCAGGGGAUAGCAGGCCUUGCCGCUACUUGCUGCGUGUGCCUGGAGGCAGAGCGAUUGAGGGGCUGCCUCAACUCUGAAAAGAUCUGCAUCGUCCCUAUCCUGGCUUGCCUGCUCAGCCUGUGCCUCUGCAUUGCUGGCCUCAAGUGGGUGUUUGUAGACAAAAUUUUUGAGUAUGAUUCUCCUACCCACCUAGACCCUGGGAGGAUAGGGCAAGACCCAGUGAUUUCAGUGGAACCUACUGCUCUGUCGCCUUCAGUGGUGCAUACCUCACCUUUCCCAGUACCGAGCCCUGAAACCAAGGUUGAAGUUACAGUGCAAGCUGAUAGUUCGCUAGUGCCCUCCGAGCCUUUCCUCUUGCCUUCUCCGCAUAACCGUGUCUUAGAUUUUUCAUUGUCGUCCUCCACCGCACCUUCCUUCCCUCCGCCCACGCUGGAGCCUGAGGUGAGAGAGGCUACCACCCUGUCUCAGGCACAAACAACAGAAACUAAUCUCCAAAUCGCUCCAAAACUUUCCACUUCUACAUCGACUACUGGGACAAGUCAUCUCACAAAAUGUGACAUAAAGCAGAAAGCGUUCUGUGUCAAUGGGGGAGAGUGUUACAUGGUCAAAGACCUUCCAAACCCCCCCAGAUAUUUGUGCAGGUGCCCAAAUGAAUUUACUGGUGAUCGCUGCCAAAACUACGUAAUGGCCAGCUUCUACAAGCAUCUUGGGAUUGAAUUUAUGGAAGCAGAGGAACUAUACCAGAAAAGGGUCUUGACCAUAACUGGCAUCUGCAUUGCCCUCCUUGUAGUUGGCAUCAUGUGUGUUGUGGCCUACUGCAAAACCAAGAAGCAACGGAAAAAGUUGCAUGAUCGUCUUAGGCAGAGCCUGCGCUCUGAGCAGAACAACAUGGUGAACAUGGCCAAUGGGCCCCACCAUCCCAAUCCACCGCCCGAAAACGUCCAGCUAGUAAAUCAGUAUGUAUCUAAAAAUGUAAUAUCCAGUGAACACGUCAUUGAGAGAGAGACAGAGACGUCGUUUUCCACAAGUCACUACACCUCGACAACGCAUCACUCCACCACUGUCACCCAGACGCCCAGCCAUAGCUGGAGUAACGGUCGGACGGACAGCAUUAUCUCGGAAAGCCACUCGGUGCUUGUGAGUUCUUCCGUAGAGACCAGCAGGCACGCGAGCCCAGCAGGACCCAGAGGACGCCUCAGCGGCAUAGGAGGUCCACGAGAUUGCAACAGCUUCCUGAGGCAUGCAAGAGAGACCCCUGACUCCUACCGAGAUUCGCCUCACAGCGAAAGGUAUGUAUCCGCUAUGACCACACCGGCUCGCAUGUCACCUGUUGAUUUCCACACUCCAAGUUCUCCAAAGUCCCCCCCUUCAGAAAUGUCUCCACCGGUAUCCAGUUUAACUGUAUCUGUCCCUUCUGUGGCGGUCAGUCCCUUUAUGGAAGAGGAGAGGCCUCUGCUUCUGGUGACGCCACCUCGGUUACGGGAGAAGUAUGACCAUCACAUUCAGCAGUUCAAUUCCUUCCACCACAACCCCGCCCAUGAGAGCAACAGUCCGCCACCUAGUCCUCUGAGGAUAGUAGAGGACGAGGAAUAUGAGACCACACAGGAGUAUGAGCCAGCACAGGAGCCUCCAAAGAAACUAGUCAACAGCCGGAGGGCAAAAAGAACAAAGCCCAACGGACACAUUUCCAAUAGAUUAGAAGUGGACACCGACACAAGCUCUGAGAGCAGUAGCUCUGAGAGUGAAACAGAAGACGAAAGAAUAGGUGAGGAUACACCUUUCCUGAGCAUACAGAACCCCAUGGCAACCAGCCUAGAGCCAGCCACUGCAUACCGACUGGCUGACAGCAGGACUAACCCAACUAGCCGGUUCUCCACACAGGAAGAAUUACAAGCAAGGUUGUCCAGUGUAAUAGCUAAUCAAGACCCUAUUGCUGUAUAAAACAUAAACAAAACGCAUAGAUUCACAUGUAAAACUUUAUUUUAUAUAAUGAAGUAUUCCACCUUUAAAUUAAACAAUUUAUUUUAUUUUAGCAAAUUCCACUAAUAGAAAACAGGAUGGGGAAAAAAACUUUUAUAAAUUAAAUAUAUGUAUGUACAAAUGUGUUAUGUGCCAUAUGUAGCAAUUUUUUACAGUAUUUCAAAAAUGAGAAAGAUAUCAAUGGUGCCUUUAUGUUAUGUUAUGUUGAGAGCAAGUUUUGUACUGUUACAGUAAUUGCUGUUCUACGGUAUUUUGCAGAAUCUUCCGACCUUCAGUUCUCCUGGCUUUUUUGUGCAUUGCGUCAUGGUAACUGGACAUAUGAUUUGCAAGAAUUGCAAAAGUCCCUAUGUUUGCUUGUAGUAGACUGCCCCCCCAAUCAAAAUACCCUGUAAUGACAUACCCACCAACAAAACAAGACUGUUUUCUUCUAUAAGAGGUUUUAUUUGCUUUCCGUAUCUGAAAUGAGUUGUGUCUGCUCUCUGCCAGCCAAAAGGUUUGCUUCAUUGGGCACUGGAAUAAUAGUACAUCAAAAGCAUGCUACUAUUAAUGACAGCAGGAUAACAAAAAUUGCAUUAAAUAAUGUUACAUAUUAGAAAGAGAGUAAUACUGUGAUUUUAAACUGAAUAUAUUAUUAAUCAGAAAUCAGCUUGUACUCACUAGGAACUGUCAUUACAUUUUUUUCCAGAUAUUAAUUGUCCUAGUUAUCCCUUAGAAAAUGGGCUCAGAGUAGCAGAGGCUGUGAACCCAGUAGUUUACA